AUGAUCUGGAGGCUGCGCAGCCCCGUCCGCUCCUUGAUCGCCACUCCUCCCUGCCGAUGCAGCUCUACCUCUGCUCCCGCUCGGACGUCGGAGCCAUUGCGGAUUCUCUUCUGUGGCUCUGACGCCUUCAGCAUCGCGUCACUGCGCGCCGUAGCAGACGCGAAGCGGCAUGUGCCCGGCCUCAUUGAGAGCAUUGAUGUCAUCCAUCGCCCACCGAAGCCCACCGGACGGGGACUGAAGACGCUGAGAGAGGUACCCAUCAAGCAGGUAGCCACCCAAGAGCUCAACCUGCCCACCCAUGUGAUCGAUACCUUCACCGGCUGGACUCCACCCACCCCCAUACAUGUCGUCAUCGCCGUAUCCUUCGGCCUCCUCGUCCCACCGCGAAUCCUCAACUAUGCGCAAUACGGCGGUCUCAACGUGCAUCCCUCGCUGCUUCCCGAUCUGCGUGGCCCAGCACCCGUCUCACAUGCCAUACUGAAGCGGCGGCAGUACACCGGUGUCUCUGUGCAAACACUGCAUCCAAGGCAUUUCGACCAGGGUACUAUCCUUGCCCAAACCCCCAUGCCUGGCUACGAGAUUGCCAUUCCUUCCGAACCGAGUCCUGAGACGGCUCAGAUAUUGGAGCAACGGCUUGCCGCGGCUGGAGCAGAAAUGCUCGUACAUAUCUUGAAGGAACGGAGAUUUGUGCCUCCGCAUGAGGAUGUUGGAUGGUAUGCCCACUCCGACGGCCCUAUCGACCACGCACCGAAGGUCACCAAGCAAAAUCGCUAUGUCGACUUUCGAAAACAUACCCUGGCAGACGUCAUUGCCAAACGCAACGCACUUGGCGACUUGUGUCCCAACUUGUUGAUAUGGAACCUGGCCUCUUUGUAG